AGGCCACAGGUUUGGCUUGCAGAACGAACUGUCUGCAGAUUACCUGCAGCAGUGGGGGAGCUGAAGAGCUCCACCCCGCCCACCCCCCACCGCAUCACUAAUCAAAUCCCUUCUAGCUCCUCGCACUUGAACAGAAGAGCCCGGGCCGACCAGUCAACCUGCUGCCAGCCAGAACCUGGAGAGGAGCGAGGAGAGGCUGGGGCUGCUUGGGCUGGCUCUUCUCUUCCCUCCCCGGUCCCCUGGUCCCCUCUCCUCCAUUCCUCCUUCCCUUCCCCCCCUUCCCCACAGUGCAGUACAGACCAGUGUCAUAUCUCAUAGCUUGGUGUUGCUCCCCCCUCCUUCCAGCCACCUCCUCUUCCUCCUCCUCCUCCUCUCUGCAGGGGGGUGACUGCUUCACACCACACAGAGCAGCCCGGCUUUCCCCUCCCACUCUCCCUCCCGCUCUCCAACUCUGGGCAGCUGCUGCAGCAGCAGCGGGAGCAGCAGCAGCAGCAGCAGCAGCGGGAGCAGCAGCAGCAGCAGCAGCAGCAGCAGCAGCAAGAGAGCCACCACCAGGCUUCACCAAGGGACAGGAGUCGGCUUUCCCGGCUGAGGAGCAGAACCAUGGCCGAUGGGGGCGAGGGAGAGGAUGAGAUACAGUUCCUGCGAACUGAUGAUGAAGUGGUUUUACAAUGUACUGCGACCAUCCACAAAGAACAACAGAAACUAUGUUUGGCAGCCGAAGGAUUUGGCAACAGGCUCUGUUUCUUGGAGUCCACUUCCAAUUCCAAGAAUGUCCCACCAGACCUAUCUAUAUGUACUUUUGUUUUGGAACAAUCCCUAUCUGUUCGAGCUCUCCAGGAGAUGCUGGCCAACACAAUGGAGAAAGCAGAAGGGGCAAGUACUCAAGUCUAUACUGCCCAAGGUGGUGGCCAUCGGACACUCCUGUAUGGACAUGCCAUAUUACUACGACAUUCUUAUAGUGGUAUGUAUCUUUGCUGCCUUUCCACCUCCCGGUCUUCAACAGAUAAAUUGGCAUUUGAUGUUGGGUUGCAAGAGGACACAACAGGUGAAGCAUGUUGGUGGACCAUCCACCCUGCUUCCAAACAACGCUCAGAAGGAGAAAAAGUACGAGUUGGCGAUGACUUAAUCUUAGUCAGUGUAUCCUCUGAAAGAUACUUGCAUUUGUCUUAUGGCAGUGAUAUCUUGCAUGUAGAUGCUGCUUUCCAGCAGACCCUCUGGAGUGUAGCUCCAAUUAGUUCAGGAAGUGAAGCAGCCCAAGGAUACCUAAUUGGGGGUGAUGUGCUCAGGUUGCUUCAUGGUCACAUGGAUGAAUGUUUGACUGUUCCUUCAGGGGAGCAUGGAGAGGAACAACGAAGGACUGUUCAUUAUGAAGGUGGUGCUGUAUCCAUUCAUGCUCGUUCCCUUUGGAGACUGGAGACCCUAAGAGUUGCAUGGAGUGGGAGCCAUAUCAGAUGGGGUCAGCCUUUCCGACUGCGGCACGUAACAACAGGAAAAUAUUUAAGUCUCUUGGAUGAUAAAAGCCUUCUCCUAAUGGACAAAGAGAAGGCCGAUGUCAAAUCUACUGCAUUUAGUUUCCGGUCUUCUAAGGAAAAGCUAGAUAUAGGGAUAAGAAAGGAAAUAGAUGGUAUGGGAACAUCAGAAAUAAAGUAUGGUGAUUCAGUGUGCUACAUACAACAUGUAGAUACAGGUCUUUGGCUUACUUACCAGUCUGUGGAUGUGAAAUCUGUGAGAAUGGGAUCGAUACAGCGUAAGGCUAUCAUGCACCAUGAAGGCCAUAUGGAUGACGGCUUAAAUUUAUCCAGGUCUCAACAUGAAGAAUCACGUACGGCACGAGUAAUCCGUAGUACAGUCUUCCUUUUCAAUAGGUUUAUAAGGGGCCUUGAUGCUCUCAGCAAGAAAGUGAAGUCUUCUACAAUAGAUUUACCAAUAGAGUCAGUAAGUCUGAGUCUGCAAGAUUUAAUUGGUUACUUCCAUCCACCAGAUGAACAUUUAGAGCAUGAAGAUAAGCAGAACCGAUUAAGAGCUCUAAAGAACCGACAGAAUCUCUUCCAGGAAGAGGGUAUGAUUAACCUUGUCCUUGAAUGCAUAGACCGAUUACAUGUGUAUAGCAGUGCUGCUCAUUUUGCUGAUGUAGCUGGGAAGGAAGCAGGAGAAUCUUGGAAGUCUAUAUUAAACUCUUUGUAUGAGUUACUAGCUGCUCUCAUUAGAGGAAAUCGCAAAAAUUGUGCCCAAUUUUCUGGUUCCCUGGACUGGCUAAUCAGCAGAUUGGAAAGAUUGGAAGCAUCCUCAGGUAUUUUAGAGGUCUUACAUUGUGUGCUGGUGGAAAGUCCAGAAGCUCUGAAUAUUAUUAAAGAAGGACAUAUUAAAUCCAUUAUCUCACUUUUAGACAAACAUGGAAGAAAUCACAAGGUUCUGGAUGUCUUAUGUUCUCUCUGUGUCUGUCAUGGAGUUGCUGUCCGCUCUAAUCAGCAUCUAAUUUGUGACAACCUUCUACCAGGAAGAGAUCUGCUACUACAGACACGUCUUGUGAACCACGUGAGCAGUAUGCGGCCCAAUAUUUUCCUUGGCAUCAGUGAAGGGUCAGCUCAAUAUAGGAAAUGGUACUAUGAACUCAUGGUAGACCACACAGAACCUUUUGUGACAGCUGAAGCAACGCACCUUCGAGUAGGUUGGGCUUCAACAGAAGGUUAUUCCCCCUAUCCUGGGGGUGGUGAAGAAUGGGGUGGAAAUGGUGUUGGAGAUGAUUUGUUCUCCUAUGGAUUUGAUGGACUUCAUCUAUGGUCAGGUUGCAUAGCUCGGACAGUGAGUUCACCAAACCAACACCUGUUGAGAACUGAUGAUGUCAUCAGCUGCUGUUUAGAUCUAAGUGCCCCAAGCAUUUCAUUCCGAAUCAAUGGACAACCAGUUCAAGGAAUGUUUGAGAAUUUCAAUAUUGAUGGCCUCUUCUUUCCAGUUGUUAGUUUCUCAGCAGGAAUAAAGGUACGCUUUCUUCUUGGAGGUCGGCAUGGAGAAUUCAAAUUCCUUCCUCCGCCUGGCUAUGCUCCUUGCUUUGAAGCUGUCUUGCCAAAAGAAAAGUUGAAAGUGGAGCAUAGUCGAGAGUAUAAGCAAGAUCGAACAUACUCAAGAGAUCUGCUGGGCCCUACUGUUUCUUUAUCACAAGCAGCCUUCACACCAGUCCCUGUGGAUACUAGCCAGAUUGUUUUGCCGCCUCAUCUGGAACGAAUCAGAGAAAAACUAGCAGAAAACAUCCAUGAGUUAUGGGUUAUGAAUAAAAUUGAACUCGGCUGGCAAUAUGGACCGGUCAGAGAUGACAACAAGAGACAACACCCCUGUUUAGUAGAAUUCUCUAAGCUUCCAGAACAAGAACGCAAUUACAAUUUACAGAUGUCCCUUGAGACACUAAAAACUUUGUUGGCUUUAGGCUGUCAUGUGGGAAUAUCAGAUGAGCAUGCUGAAGAAAAAGUGAAAAAAAUGAAACUCCCAAAGAAUAAUUUGGAGAGAACAAGCAGUUAUCAGUUAUCAAGUGGUUACAAGCCAGCUCCAAUGGAUCUGAGCUUUAUAAAACUCACACCUUCCCAGGAAGCAAUGGUGGACAAAUUGGCUGAAAAUGCUCACAAUGUAUGGGCUCGAGAUCGCAUCAGGCAAGGUUGGACUUAUGGCAUCCAGCAGGAUGUAAAGAACCGAAGAAAUCCUCGCUUAGUUCCCUAUGCUCUUCUAGAUGACCGUACCAAGAAAUCAAAUAAAGACAGCCUCAGAGAAGCUGUCCGUACACUACUGGGUUAUGGUUACAAUCUUGAAGCUCCUGAUCAAGAUCAUGCCACUAGAACGGAAGUAUGCAGUGGUACUGGAGAAAAGUUCCGAAUCUUCCGUGCUGAGAAGACUUAUGCUGUGAAGACAGGAAGAUGGUAUUUUGAAUUUGAGGCUGUCACUGCUGGAGACAUGAGAGUUGGAUGGAGUAGGCUAGGUUGCCAACCUGAUCAAGAGCUUGGCUCUGAUGAACAAGCUUUUGCUUUUGAUGGCUUCAAGGCACAACGUUGGCAUCAGGGCAGUGAACAUUAUGGGCGCUCAUGGCAAGCUGGAGAUGUUGUAGGCUGUAUGGUUGACAUGAAUGAGCACACCAUGAUGUUCACUCUGAAUGGUGAAAUCCUCCUGGAUGAUUCUGGUUCAGAACUAGCCUUCAAGGACUUUGAGGUUGUUGAUGGAUUCAUACCAGUAUGUAGCUUAGGUGUGGCUCAGGUGGGAAGGAUGAACUUUGGAAAAGAUGUCAGCACCUUGAAAUAUUUCACCAUCUGUGGUUUACAAGAAGGCUAUGAACCAUUUGCUGUUAAUACAAACAGGGAUAUUACUAUGUGGCUGAGCAAACGGCUUCCUCAGUUUCUUCAAGUACCAUCAAAUCAUGAACAUAUUGAGGUGACCAGGAUAGAUGGCACUAUAGACAGCUCUCCAUGUUUAAAGGUUACUCAGAAGUCUUUCAGUUCACAGAACAGCAGCACAGAUAUCAUGUUUUACCGCCUAAGCAUGCCUAUUGAGUGUGCAGAAGUAUUCUCCAAAACUGCUGCAGGAGGACUCCCAGGCACUAGCCUUUUUGGCCCAAAGAAUGACUUAGAAGAUUAUGAUGCUGAUUCUGAUUUUGAAGUUCUGAUGAAAACAGCUCAUGGUCAUUUGGUACCUGACAGGGUGGAAAAAGAAAAAGAAGCCACAAAACCAGAAUUCAAUAACCACAAAGAUUAUGCUCAGGAGAAGCCUUCUCGUCUGAAACAAAGGUUUAUGCUCAGGAGGACAAAACCAGAUUACAGCACAAGCCAUUCUGCAAGACUCACUGAAGAUGUUCUUGCAGAUGACAGAGAUGAUUAUGAUUACUUGAUGCAGACCUCUACGUAUUAUUAUUCAGUGAGAAUUUUUCCUGGACAAGAACCUGCUAAUGUCUGGGUAGGCUGGAUUACAUCAGAUUUCCAUCAGUAUGACACAGUCUUUGACUUGGACAGAGUUCGGACGGUAACAGUAACUCUGGGAGAUGAAAAAGGAAAAGUACAUGAAAGCUUUGCCAUUGACUCGCUGUGUGGCUUUGGCAUCAAACGCAGCAACUGUUAUAUGGUGUGCGCGGGUGAAAGCAUGAGCCCUGGGCAAGGACGCAACAAUAAUGGAUUGGAAAUCGGUUGUGUAGUGGAUGCUGCCAGUGGGUUGCUUACCUUUACUGCAAAUGGCAAGGAACUGAGCACAUAUUACCAGGUUGAGCCAAGUACGAAAUUAUUUCCUGCAGUUUUUGCACAAGCUACAAGCCCUAAUGUUUUCCAGUUUGAGUUAGGAAGAAUAAAGAAUGUAAUGCCACUGUCAGCUGGAUUAUUCAAGAGCGAGCAUAAAAAUCCUAUCCCACAGUGUCCACCACGUCUUCAUGUGCAGUUUCUCACACACGUUCUUUGGAGCAGGAUGCCAAACCAAUUUCUGAAAGUGGAUGUCUCUCGAAUCAGCGAACGCCAAGGCUGGCUGGUACAAUGUGUGGAUCCUUUGCAGUUCAUGUCCCUUCACAUCCCAGAGGAGAACAGGUCUGUAGAUAUAUUAGAAUUGACAGAACAAGAGGAAUUGUUGAAGUUCCACUAUCAUACCCUCCGAUUGUACUCAGCUGUCUGUGCUCUUGGGAACAACCGAGUGGCCCAUGCCUUGUGCAGCCAUGUGGAUGAACCCCAACUUCUCUAUGCCAUCGAGAACAAGUACAUGCCAGGCCUGUUACGCACAGGCUAUUAUGACCUGUUGAUCGACAUUCACCUUAGCUCCUAUGCCACAGCCAGGCUGAUGAUGAACAAUGAAUUCAUUGUCCCCAUGACAGAUGAGACCAAGAGUAUCACCCUUUUCCCUGAUGAGAAUAAAAAGCACGGCCUCCCAGGGAUAGGCCUCAGCACUUCCCUGAGGCCAAGGAUGCAGUUUUCAUCUCCCAGUUUUGUAAGCAUUAGUAAUGAGUACUACCAAUUUAGUCCCGAGUUCCCACUGGACAUCUUAAAAUCUAAGACCAUCCAGAUGCUAACAGAAGCUGUUAAGGAAGGCAGCCUCCAUGCUCGGGAUCCAGUAGGGGGGACCACAGAAUUCCUCUUUGUUCCUCUCAUUAAACUUUUCUACACCCUACUGAUCAUGGGGAUCUUUAAUAAUGAGGACUUGAAACACAUUUUGCAGCUGAUUGAACCUAGUGUGUUUAAAGAAGCUGCUAAUAAGGAGGAAGAGAAUGAAGUACUGGAGAAGGAACUUAACACAGAAGACCAAGGGCUGGAAGGAGGACGUGAAGAAGAGAUCAGAGGAGAAAAGAUGCCCAAGGAAGGAUUGCUUCAAAUGAAACUUCCUGAACCUGUUAAGUUGCAGAUGUGUCUUCUACUUCAGUACCUCUGUGAUUGCCAGGUACGGCACAGGAUAGAAGCCAUUGUUGCCUUCUCAGAUGAUUUUGUAGCUAAGCUUCAAGAUAAUCAACGUUUUCGAUAUAAUGAAGUUAUGCAAGCCUUAAAUAUGUCUGCAGCUCUAACAGCUAGAAAAACAAAGGAAUUUAGAUCUCCACCUCAAGAGCAGAUCAAUAUGCUCCUGAAUUUUAAGGAUGAUAAAAGUGAAUGUCCAUGUCCAGAAGAUAUAAGGGAUCAACUCUUGGACUUCCAUGAAGAUUUGAUGACACAUUGUGGAAUUGAACUGGAUGAAGAUGGAGCACUGGAUGGAAAUAGCGAUUUAACAAUCCGAGGACGACUGCUUUACUUGGUAGAAAAAGUGACAUACCUAAAGAAGAAGCAAACAGAGAAACCUAUUGAAAAUGACUCCAAGAAGCCCUCUACCCUUCAGCAGCUGAUCUCUGAGACAAUGGUCCGAUGGGCUCAGGAGUCUGUCAUUGAGGACCCCGAGUUGGUGAGGGCUAUGUUUGUUUUACUACAUCGUCAAUAUGAUGGCAUUGGUGGUUUGGUUCGGGCAUUACCAAAGACUUACACCAUAAAUGGAGUCUCAGUGGAAGAUACCAUAAGUUUGCUGGCCUCCCUCGGACAAAUCCGUUCUCUACUAAGUGUCAGGAUGGGCAAGGAAGAAGAGAAGCUUAUGAUCCGUGGAUUAGGAGAUAUCAUGAACAACAAAGUGUUUUACCAACAUCCCAAUCUGAUGCGGGCACUGGGAAUGCAUGAGACAGUAAUGGAAGUAAUGGUCAAUGUCCUUGGAGGUGGCGAGUCCAAGGAAAUCACCUUUCCCAAGAUGGUGGCCAACUGUUGUCGGUUUCUGUGUUAUUUCUGCCGUAUAAGCCGGCAGAAUCAAAAAGCUAUGUUUGAUCAUCUUAGUUAUUUACUAGAAAAUAGCAGCGUUGGUCUUGCUUCCCCAGCAAUGCGGGGCUCAACACCACUUGAUGUGGCAGCAGCAUCAGUAAUGGAUAAUAACGAAUUGGCUUUAGCUUUACGUGAGCCUGACCUGGAAAAGGUAGUUCGCUACCUAGCUGGUUGUGGAUUACAGAGCUGCCAGAUGUUGGUUACAAAAGGUUACCCAGACAUUGGCUGGAAUCCAGUUGAGGGGGAGAGAUAUUUGGAUUUUCUCAGAUUUGCUGUCUUCUGUAAUGGGGAGAGUGUGGAAGAAAAUGCAAAUGUUGUGGUCAGAUUGCUAAUUCGGAGACCUGAGUGUUUUGGUCCAGCCUUAAGAGGGGAAGGUGGCAAUGGUCUCCUUGCAGCCAUGGAAGAAGCUAUAAAAAUUGCAGAAGAUCCUACUAGAGAUGGUCCAUCACCUACUAAUGGAUCCAGCAAAACCCUUGAUUUGGCAGCAGAAGAAGAUGAUACCAUCCACAUGGGGAAUGCUAUAAUGACCUUUUAUGCAGCUUUGAUUGACCUUCUAGGACGCUGUGCUCCUGAAAUGCAUUUGAUCCAUGCUGGCAAAGGAGAGGCUAUUAGGAUCAGAUCAAUUUUGAGAUCCUUAAUUCCACUAGGAGAUUUAGUGGGAGUCAUCAGCAUUGCUUUCCAGAUGCCAACAAUAGCUAAAGAUGGAAAUGUGGUGGAACCUGACAUGUCAGCAGGGUUUUGCCCAGAUCACAAGGCAGCCAUGGUUUUGUUCCUUGACAGGGUCUAUGGAAUUGAGGUUCAAGAUUUCCUCCUUCAUCUUCUUGAGGUUGGCUUUUUGCCAGAUCUCCGAGCUGCUGCCUCUUUAGACACGGCUGCUCUGAGUGCUACAGAUAUGGCCUUGGCUCUUAAUCGGUACCUUUGCACUGCAGUUUUGCCUUUGUUGACAAGGUGUGCUCCUCUUUUUGCUGGCACUGAACACCAUGCUUCACUCAUAGACUCACUGCUUCAUACAGUGUAUAGGCUUUCUAAGGGCUGUUCUCUUACAAAAGCUCAACGGGAUUCCAUAGAAGUCUGUCUUCUCUCUAUUUGCGGCCAAUUGAGACCUUCCAUGAUGCAACAUUUGUUAAGAAGAUUAGUUUUUGAUGUUCCAUUAUUAAAUGAACAUGCUAAGAUGCCUCUUAAGCUGCUGACAAAUCAUUAUGAGAGAUGUUGGAAGUACUACUGCCUUCCUGGAGGCUGGGGGAACUUUGGAGCUGCCUCAGAGGAAGAGCUUCAUUUGUCAAGGAAGUUGUUCUGGGGCAUUUUUGAUGCCUUGUCUCAAAAGAAAUAUGAGCAAGAGUUAUUCAAGCUGGCAUUACCCUGUCUGAGUGCUGUGGCAGGAGCUUUGCCUCCUGACUACAUGGAGUCAAACUAUGUCAGUAUGAUGGAAAAGCAGUCUUCAAUGGAUUCUGAGGGAAACUUUAACCCACAGCCUGUUGAUACCUCAAACAUUACAAUUCCUGAAAAGUUAGAAUACUUCAUUAACAAAUAUGCAGAACAUACACAUGACAAAUGGUCAAUGGAAAAGUUAGCAAAUGGAUGGAUAUAUGGUGAAAUAUAUUCAGACUCUUCUAAAGUUCAACCAUUAAUGAAACCAUAUAAACUUUUAUCUGAAAAGGAAAAAGAAAUUUAUCGCUGGCCAAUCAAAGAGUCUUUAAAAACUAUGCUUGCUUGGGGUUGGAGGAUUGAAAGAACCAGAGAGGGAGACAGCAUGGCCCUUUAUACACGAACACGACGCAUUUCCCAGACAAGCCAGGUUUCUAUUGACACUGCCCAUGGUUACAGUCCCCGAGCUAUUGAUAUGAGCAAUGUUACUCUGUCCAGAGAUCUUCAUGCUAUGGCAGAAAUGAUGGCUGAAAAUUAUCAUAACAUAUGGGCAAAGAAAAAGAAACUGGAACUGGAGGCCAAAGUAGGAGGUGGCAACCAUCCCCUUCUGGUACCAUAUGAUACUUUGACAGCCAAAGAAAAAGCCAAGGAUAGAGAGAAAGCACAGGACAUUCUUAAGUUUUUACAGAUAAAUGGCUAUGCAGUAUCCAGGGGAUUCAAGGACUUGGAAUUGGACACACCUUCAAUUGAGAAACGCUUUGCCUAUAGUUUCCUUCAACAACUUAUCAGAUAUGUGGAUGAAGCUCAUCAAUAUAUUCUGGAGUUUGAUGGUGGCAGCAGAAGCAAAGGAGAGCAUUUUCCUUAUGAACAAGAAAUCAAAUUCUUCGCUAAAGUUGUGCUUCCUUUAAUCGAUCAAUAUUUCAAAAACCAUCGCUUAUACUUCUUAUCUGCAGCAAGCAGGCCUCUCAGCACUGGAGGACAUGCAUCUAACAAGGAAAAAGAAAUGGUGACUAGCCUAUUCUGCAAACUUGGAGUUCUUGUCAGGCAUAGGAUUUCACUGUUUGGAAAUGAUGCCUCUUCAAUUGUCAACUGCCUUCAUAUUUUGGGUCAGACUUUGGAUGCAAGGACUGUGAUGAAGACUGGCAUGGAGAGUGUUAAAAUAGCAUUGAGAGCAUUUUUGGAUAAUGCGGCAGAGGAUUUGGAAAAAACCAUGGAAAAUCUUAAACAAGGACAAUUCACUCACACCAGAAACCAACCAAAAGGAGUGACUCAGAUUAUUAAUUAUACCACAGUGGCUCUUUUGCCAAUGCUGUCCUCACUAUUUGAACACAUUGGGCAGCAUCAAUUUGGAGAAGACCUAAUAUUGGAAGAUGUACAGGUUUCUUGUUACAGAAUCCUGACAAGCUUGUAUGCUCUGGGAACCAGCAAGAGUAUAUAUGUGGAAAGGCAGCGAUCUGCAUUAGGAGAAUGCUUGGCUGCAUUUGCUGGUGCUUUUCCUGUGGCUUUUUUGGAAACUCAUCUAAACAAACAUAAUACUUAUUCAAUCUAUAACACUAAGUCUACAAGAGAAAGAACGGCCCUCAAUUUGCCAACUAGUGUGGAAGAGGUUUGUCCAAAUAUACCAUCUUUGGAGAAGCUAAUGGAUGAAAUUGUGGAACUUGCAGAGUCUGGAAUUCGUUAUACACAAAUGCCACAUGUUAUGGAAGUUAUAUUGCCCAUGCUUUGUAGCUAUAUGUCCCGAUGGUGGGAACAUGGACCAGAAAACAAUCCUGAGAAGGCAGAUACAUGCUGUACUGCUCUAAACUCAGAGCAUAUGAACACACUUCUAGGGAACAUAUUGAAAAUCAUAUAUAACAAUUUGGGUAUUGAUGAAGGAGCUUGGAUGAAGAGGUUGGCAGUGUUUUCUCAGCCUAUAAUAAACAAAGUGAAAUCUCAACUAUUGAAGUCCCAUUUCCUGCCAUUAAUGGAAAAACUCAAGAAUAAAGCAGCUGUAGUAGUAUCUGAUGAAGAUCACCUCAAAGCUGAGGCCAGAGGUGACAUGUCCGAGGCCGAGCUUCUCAUUUUAGAUGAAUUCACCACCCUGGCCCGAGAUCUAUAUGCCUUCUAUCCUUUGUUAAUUAGAUUUGUGGACUUCAACAGAGCAAAGUGGCUGAAAGAACCAAAUUCUGAAGCAGAGGAAUUAUUCCGCAUGGUGGCUGAAGUGUUCAUCUUUUGGUCAAAGUCUCAUAAUUUCAAAAGGGAAGAGCAGAACUUUGUGGUUCAGAAUGAAAUCAACAACAUGUCUUUUCUUAUUACCGACACCAAGUCAAAGAUGUCAAAGGCAGCAGUCACAGAUCAAGAAAGGAAGAAAAUGAAACGUAAAGGAGACCGAUAUUCUAUGCAGACCUCUCUUAUUGUAGCAGCCCUGAAGAGAUUACUGCCAAUUGGACUGAACAUUUGUGCACCUGGAGACCAAGAACUAAUUGCCCUAGCCAAAAACCGCUUUAGUAUGAAAGAUACAGAAGAUGAAGUGCGUGAUAUUAUCCGUAGUAAUCUUCAUCUACAGGGAAAGUUAGAGGAUCCAGCUAUUAGGUGGCAGAUGGCACUUUAUAAAGACUUACCAAACAGAACAGAAGAAACCUCAGACCCUGAGAAGACAAUAGAAAGAGUAUUGGACAUAGCUAAUGUGCUUUUUCACCUUGAACAGAAACCUACAAAUAUGGGCCGACGCUAUUACAGUAUGGUAGAGCAUCCACAAAGAUCUAAAAAGGCUGUAUGGCACAAACUGCUAUCUAAGCAGAGAAAACGAGCAGUAGUGGCCUGUUUUCGGAUGGCUCCAUUAUAUAAUCUCCCAAGGCAUCGGGCUGUUAAUCUCUUUCUUCAAGGAUAUGAAAAGUCUUGGAUUGAAACAGAAGAACAUUACUUUGAAGAUAAACUGAUAGAAGAUUUAGCAAAACCUGGAUUAGAACUACCAGAAGAAGAUGAAGGCACCAAGAAAGUUGAUCCACUACAUCAGCUGAUUCUCCUGUUUAGUAGAACAGCCUUAACAGAGAAAUGCAAAUUGGAAGAAGAUUUCCUAUACAUGGCUUAUGCAGAUAUUAUGGCCAAGAGCUGUCAUGAUGAGGAGGACGAUGAUGGUGAAGAAGAAGUUAAGAGUUUUGAAGUCACAGGAUCCCAACGCAGCAAGGAAAAAGAAAUGGAAAAACAAAAACUGCUAUACCAGCAAGCACGAUUACAUGACAGAGGGGCUGCUGAGAUGGUGCUACAGACAAUCAGUGCCAGCAAAGGUGAUACUGGACCAAUGGUAGCUGCUACCUUGAAGCUUGGAAUUGCCAUCUUAAAUGGGGGAAAUUCUACAGUACAGCAGAAAAUGCUUGACUACCUCAAGGAGAAAAAGGAUGUUGGCUUCUUUCAGAGCCUUGCUGGCCUGAUGCAGUCAUGUAGUGUCCUUGACCUCAAUGCAUUUGAGCGACAAAACAAAGCUGAAGGUCUUGGAAUGGUGACAGAGGAAGGAUCAGGAGAGAAGGUACUGCAGGAUGAUGAGUUCACUUGUGACCUUUUCCGCUUCCUACAAUUGCUUUGUGAAGGACACAACUCAGAUUUUCAGAAUUAUCUAAGAACUCAGACUGGCAAUAAUACAACUGUUAAUAUAAUCAUCUCCACGGUGGACUACCUCCUGAGAGUUCAGGAAUCAAUUAGUGAUUUUUAUUGGUAUUAUUCUGGGAAAGAUGUAAUUGAUGAACAAGGGCAACGAAAUUUUUCCAAAGCAAUUCAAGUAGCAAAACAGGUCUUCAACACUCUUACAGAAUACAUCCAGGGUCCAUGCACUGGAAAUCAGCAGAGCUUGGCACAUAGCAGGCUUUGGGAUGCGGUGGUUGGUUUUCUUCAUGUAUUUGCCCAUAUGCAAAUGAAGUUGUCUCAGGAUUCCAGCCAAAUUGAAUUGUUGAAAGAAUUGAUGGAUCUUCAGAAGGACAUGGUGGUCAUGUUGCUGUCCAUGUUGGAAGGUAAUGUUGUUAAUGGAACCAUUGGCAAACAGAUGGUUGAUAUGCUGGUAGAAUCGUCCAACAACGUAGAGAUGAUUCUUAAGUUUUUUGAUAUGUUUUUAAAACUAAAGGAUUUAACUUCUUCAGAUACAUUCAAAGAAUAUGAUCCUGAUGGCAAGGGCAUCAUUUCUAAGAGGGACUUCCAUAAAGCAAUGGAGAGUCAUAAGCACUACACUCAAUCUGAAACUGAAUUUCUUCUGUCUUGUGCGGAAACAGAUGAAAAUGAAACUUUAGACUAUGAAGAGUUUGUGAAACGUUUCCAUGAACCUGCCAAGGACAUUGGCUUCAAUGUUGCUGUCCUCCUGACCAACCUUUCUGAACACAUGCCCAAUGAUACCCGACUGCAGACUUUUCUUGAAUUGGCAGAAAGUGUACUGAAUUAUUUUCAGCCUUUUCUAGGCCGCAUUGAGAUUAUGGGCAGUGCCAAACGCAUUGAAAGGGUUUAUUUUGAAAUCAGUGAGUCGAGCAGAACCCAGUGGGAGAAACCACAAGUCAAAGAGUCCAAAAGGCAGUUUAUUUUUGAUGUGGUCAAUGAAGGAGGGGAGAAGGAAAAGAUGGAACUUUUUGUUAAUUUUUGUGAGGACACCAUCUUUGAAAUGCAGCUGGCUGCACAGAUCUCAGAAUCAGAUUUGAAUGAACGGUCAGUGAACAAAGAAGAAACUGAAAAAGAGAAACCUGAAGAACAGGAGCCUCGAAUGGGCUUUUUCUCCAUUAUGACUGUUAAAUCAGCUCUCCUUGCCCUUAGGUACAACAUCUUAACCAUAAUGAGAAUGCUCAGUUUAAAAAGCCUAAAAAAACAGAUGAAGAGAAUAAAAAAAAUGACCAUGAAGGACCUAGUCAUGGCCCUCUUUUCAUCAUACUGGAGUAUUUUGGUGGGGCUCUUGCAUUUCAUAUCCAGUGUUUUCAGAGGCUUCUUUCGUAUCAUGUGUAGCUUAUUGCUUGGAGGCAGCUUGGUAGAAGGUGCUAAAAAAAUCAAGGUGGCGGAGCUUUUGGCCAAUAUGCCAGACCCUACCCAGGAUGAGGUGCGAGGUGACGGAGAAGAGGGAGAAAGGAAGGCUCUAGAAACUGCCCUGCCUACUGAAGAUCUUACUGACCUAAAGGAAUUAACAGAGGAAAGUGACUUACUAUCAGAUAUUUUUGGCUUAGACCUGAAGAGAGAAGGAGGACAAUAUAAACUAAUUCCUCACAACCCAAAUGCUGGCCUGAGUGAUUUAAUGAGUAAUCCCAUCCCUGUCCCUGAAGUUCAAGAAAAAUGCCAGGAACAGAAAGUAAAAGAAGAUGAAAAGGAAGAGAAAGAAGAAACAAAAUCUGAACCUGAAAAAGCAGAGGGAGAAGAUGGAGAAAAGGAGGAAAAAGCUAAAGAAGAUAAGGGCAAACAAAAAUUAAGGCAGCUUCACACACAUAGAUAUGGAGAGCCAGAAGUCCCUGAGUCAGCAUUUUGGAAAAAAAUAAUAGCCUAUCAACAGAAACUCUUAAACUAUUUUGCUCGUAAUUUUUACAACAUGAGGAUGUUAGCCCUGUUUGUUGCAUUUGCAAUCAACUUUAUCCUGCUCUUUUAUAAGGUCUCCACUUCUUCUGUGGUAGAAGGAAAAGAAAUUCCUUCCCCAAGUGCAAGUGAAAAUUCCAGAAUAAGUAGUCUGGACAGCACAGCACAUCGACUUAUUACAGUACACUAUGUCCUAGAGGAGAGCAGUGGCUAUAUGGAGCCUACACUUCGGAUCCUUGCUAUUCUCCACACAGUUAUCUCCUUCUUCUGCAUCAUUGGAUACUACUGCUUGAAAGUUCCAUUGGUUAUUUUUAAGCGAGAAAAGGAAGUAGCACGGAAAUUGGAAUUUGAUGGGCUUUACAUUACAGAACAACCUUCUGAAGAUGAUAUUAAAGGCCAGUGGGAUAGACUUGUAAUCAAUACUCAGUCUUUCCCCAACAACUACUGGGAUAAAUUUGUAAAAAGAAAGGUUAUGGAUAAGUAUGGAGAGUUCUAUGGCCGAGAUAGAAUCAGUGAAUUAUUAGGCAUGGACAAAGCCGCUUUAGAUUUUAGUGAUGCACGAGAAAAGAAGAAGCCAAAGAAAGACAGCUCCUUAUCAGCCGUACUGAAUUCAAUUGAUGUGAAGUAUCAGAUGUGGAAAUUAGGAGUUGUUUUCACUGACAAUUCAUUCCUCUAUUUAGCCUGGUACAUGACUAUGUCUGUCCUUGGACAUUACAAUAACUUCUUUUUUGCUGCACAUCUCCUUGAUAUUGCUAUGGGAUUCAAGACAUUACGUACCAUCUUGUCUUCAGUGACUCACAAUGGCAAACAGCUUGUGCUGACUGUGGGAUUACUAGCUGUUGUUGUAUACCUAUACACAGUUGUGGCAUUCAAUUUUUUCCGAAAGUUCUACAACAAAAGUGAAGAUGGAGAUACACCUGAUAUGAAAUGUGAUGAUAUGCUAACAUGCUACAUGUUCCACAUGUAUGUUGGAGUACGUGCUGGUGGUGGUAUUGGGGAUGAAAUUGAAGAUCCAGCAGGGGAUGAAUAUGAAAUCUAUCGAAUCAUCUUUGAUAUUACCUUCUUCUUUUUUGUAAUUGUCAUUCUUCUGGCCAUCAUACAAGGUUUAAUUAUUGAUGCCUUUGGCGAAUUAAGAGAUCAGCAGGAACAAGUUAAAGAAGAUAUGGAGACUAAGUGCUUCAUUUGUGGGAUCGGCAAUGAUUAUUUCGACACAGUGCCACAUGGUUUUGAAACACACACACUACAGGAGCACAAUUUGGCUAAUUAUCUGUUUUUCCUGAUGUAUCUUAUAAACAAAGAUGAAACAGAGCACACAGGACAGGAAUCUUAUGUAUGGAAAAUGUAUCAAGAAAGAUGUUGGGAGUUUUUCCCAGCAGGUGACUGCUUCCGAAAACAGUAUGAAGACCAGCUCAAUUAAAGUCAGAAAAUAUUCAACUCCUGAAAACAGAUCCCUCUCUCUAUUGAGUCAAUUUUUUAGAUCACUGAAGUUCUAUGCUUUCAGGAAACCUUGACGCUUUCUCUGUGAGGAUCUGACUGCGCUUUUCCCUCCACCCUGUGUAUUUUCUUUGAGAACAGACUGAAGAACAAUUCAAAUUCAUAUACAUAUACACACAGAAUUAGCUCUGGAAGAAAACACCAUUCCAGACACUCUCUACAAUCAUGCAUAACAUUUUUACAAAGAGUUUUUUUCUUCUGAGACUGCUGGAAGACUCUUUGAGCUAUGAGACAUCCACAUCAUCCAGUCUCUUUAUUUCAUCAUCCUGGAAGGAACUAUCUAUAGUUCACAGAGCACUGUAGCACUGUAAUGGAUUCUUGUGGACACCAGUCAUGAUGGGAAAUAGUGCCUUACUAUAUGUGGGUUGAGCUAUGCAGAAGAUGAGUGCAUGAAAAAAAAACAACAACACAUCUUUAUUUUCUUUAUGUCGUCCCUUUCUUCUCAUUUAGACUUAUUUUAUGAGUUUCUUUUUUUUUCUUUUUUUAUUGAUUUUGGUGGGAGAGGGUAAUAAAAAUUGUUUGACUGUGCACUUUUUAAAUAGGCCUGUGGUGUGUCUCAAGAUUAGCAUCACUGGCAAUUCUCAUUCAGCUGUAUUCACUUUGACCCUCCCCAUUUGCUCUUGCUCUUUUUUUGGUAAUGCUCUGAUGCAGCACUGCAACUUUAUGAAAUCUUUGUAUGAAAACAAAAAGACUGCAAAAAACACACUUUCAAAAGAAAUAAUUCAUUGCAUGUUUAUUAUGCAAGUUUAAACAAAGAAAAGCUUCUGAAGCAAGUUGAUCAACAUGAGAGAAUUUUCACAAUAAUUAUAUUCAUAGUAAUAAAGUGUUGUGGGCUUUAUUGUACAUUUGGAGCCAGUGUCAUCAGCCAACAAUGUGAUAUGUUAUGAACUUGACAGUAGUUUUGGAUUUUUUCCCUUUUUAUUUAUUUUUUGCCACAUGUGAUCGGUUGUGAAUUAAGGACUUUCUUCGUGUCAGGCCAUUUUUAAAAAUCAAAGCUGAAGCAAUAUCCAUUCAGGGAUUUCAUCAGUUGCAUCACAGAACAUGAAUGAUGAUGAUGAUGUAUACAUCACUCCAUUUUGAGUCCUUUUAAAUUGUAAUGCCAAUAUUUACAAAUAAAAAGAAAGAUUCAGAAUGGAAGCAAGAUCAUUUUGCUAACAUUGGAGCUCUUUUAUUACCAAAUCUGCCUGUUAAUUUUAGAAUUGUAAAACUGCUCUGAUUAAACUAUUUAAGUAA